UGUCUCAUCUCUCGUCGACGAGGACGGACAACAGCAACGAAGAAGUACUCUGCUUUUGGAUCGAGGACUGAAGAAAAUAGAUAGGAGAAUCGAUGGCUACCUUCGCGACGUCGACGCCGGCGGUGAUGGGGUCUGCUCGCACGGGCCGGGUGGCCGGGCCUCGGCGGUGCGUGGUGGCGCGGGCGUCCGCGACGAUGGCGGCGCCGGCGGCGGUGGCCGCGGGGAGGACGCACUACGAAGUGCUCGGUGUGGGUGCCGGGGCGAGCAGGGGCGAGAUCAAGGCGGCGUACCGGCGUCUUGCCAGGGAGGUGCACCCGGACGCUGCUGGCGGCGGCGGCGACGAGGGGUUCAUUCGGCUGCACGCGGCCUACACCACGCUCGCUGACCCCGACGAGCGCGCUCGCUACGACAGGGACGUGGCCUGCCGCACCGCCGGGAUGAUGAUGCGGCGGGCGGCCGCGGCCGGGCCGGCGUUCCGGCGGAGGACGUGGGAGACCGACCAGUGCUGGUAGGACGUACAGGCUGGCAAACGCGGCUGCCCUCCGGGGCCCCAGCCGGCGGCUGCCCGGUUCACUCAGGCACGGCGCUGCAGAGAACAUCGUCAAGGCUAUUGUGCAUCGUACGUUCAGGAUUGGACGUCCCAGAUCGGGUGACGCGGACGCUGGAGCUCUGUACACGGCAAGAGGCGUUUUUUAAAGAUCUCUUGUGCGUCCUGUCAGCAAAAUGCAAAUAUGUAAACUAAUUACUUACCUACUGUAAAUUAACGGCCAAAGACUAUAUAGUACGUAGCUCUCUAUGGUAAUAGGAGGAAAGGAAUUAGUGACCUCCAUGUCGGUCGUUUCUUCUUCGAAACACUCGUAGAAAACGUGCCCUUAGUCCCGGUUCUGGAACCAAAAUAAACGAGACUAAUGUCCAUUUCUUUUA